AUGGAUCGGAGUUUAGAUGAGAUCAUUGCGGAACGCCCUCAGAGGCAGAAUCGCGGCCAGAACAGAAGCGGUCGCGGCCAAGGUCGCCGCUCCAACGGCGUCAAAAAGCCUUAUCGAGACGAACGUGUUGAUUUGGACCUUGACUGGGUACACGACAAGUAUGAGGACGAGCGAGACUCCCGCCCCUCGCGCUCCUCCCGGAGGCCUCGCGGUGAUCGAUACUCCCCGUCUCCGGACCGAGCUCCAACCGGAACGAGGCUCCGCAUCGACAACCUUCACUACGAUAUCACAGAGAACGAUCUGGAGGAGUUAUUUAAGCGAAUCGGAUCCAUCUCGAAUGUCUCGCUUGUCUACGACCGCGCCGGACGCUCGGAAGGCGUCGCUUACGUUACAUACAACCGCUACACGGACGCAAAGGCCGCGAUAGCCGAAUUCGACGGCGCAAACGCCAAGGGUCAACCCAUCCGCAUAUCAGUCGCAUCCUCCGCCCCCCGCCGCGAGCGAAACCCGUUUGACCACGUCGAGAGACCCAAGGGUAGUCUCUUCGACCGCGUGGAACGUCCCCACGGUCGCGACGCCCGCAGUCUAAGCCCAGGAAGCCGAAGUGAAGACGCCGAGGGUGCUCCCCGCCGUCGCCGUGGUGGCCGUGGUGGCCGUGGUCGCGGAGGCUCAAAUUACCGUCGCAGUGACGUCUCCAAACCCGCCCCUGAGAAUAUCGACCGAUACGUCCCCGGACAACGUUCUCCGGCCCGCCGGACCGGUGGUGGUCGUCGUCAGGGCGAGAACAGAGAACCCCGCCCUCGGGGUAAUGCCCGGCCCAAGAAGACGCAGGAAGAGCUGGAUCAGGAGAUGGAAGAUUAUUGGGGUACGUCGACGACUGGUGCUGGUGCGGCUGGUGGUGAUGUUGCGGUCGAGCAAGCGGCUCCUGCUCCUGCUGCUUCUGCUGCACCUGCUGCAGAUGACGACAUUGAUAUGAUUGAAUAG